GAGAGCGCGGAGAGGGUGGGGGUAGGAAGCUAGGGCUAGCGGCAACCGGCGAGGCUGGGAGCCCGAGCGUGGUCGGUUGGAGCAAAUAUGUCUGUCCGGAGGCACAUUGGGAACCCUGAGUAUCUGACCAAAAGGAUACCACGGAACCCAAAGUACCAGCAUGUCAAGACGAGACUGGACACUGGAAACAGUAUGACUAAGUACAUUGAGAAGCUGGAAGAAAUAAAAAAAAAUUAUAGAUACAAAAAAGAUGAACUUUUCAAGAGACUUAAAGUUACAACUUUUGCCCAGCUGGUCAUCCAAGUUGCUUCCCUAUCUGAUCAAACACUGGAAGUGACAGCUGAGGAAAUUCAAAGGCUAGAAGACAACGACUCUGCCACCUCAGAACCUGAUGCAGAAAUCACCGCCAGGACCAACGGGAAAGAGAGCCCCGGGGAGCAGGCGCCGAGCCCCGUCCAGUUCAUCAACAGCACAGGCGUCGGGGACUCCGGCCGCUCCACCCUUCAGAGCGUCAUCAGUGGCGUUGGGGAGCUGGACCUGGACAAAGGGCUGGUGAAGAAAGAGGAGCCCAACGCCAAAGACAGACCUUACCCAGACUGCCCCUUCCUGCUGCUGGACGUGCGGGACAGAGACUCCUACCAGCUGUGCCACAUCGUUGGUGCUUACAGUUACCCCAUUGCGACUCUCUCUAGAACAAUGAACCCUUACUCAAAUGAUAUUCUUGAAUAUAAAAACGCCCACGGCAAGAUCAUCAUCCUCUACGACGACGACGAGAGGCUGGCCAGCCAGGCGGCCACCACCAUGUGCGAGCGGGGCUUCGAGAACCUCUUCAUGCUUUCCGGAGGUCUGAAGGUCUUAGCUCAGAAGUUUCCAGAAGGACUGAUCACGGGUUCCUUGCCAGCGUCCUUCCUGCAGGCCCACCCUCCCGGCUCUGCCCGGAAGCGAGCCAGCCCCAAAGCACCGCCCCUCCCCGCGGAGAAUAAGUGGAGAUUCACCCCUGAAGACUUAAAGAAGAUCGAGUAUUACCUGGAAGAGGGCCUGGGGCUCACGGACAAUCCCAGCCGGCUGAGCCACACCAGCACCCACGGGAGAGACACGAAGGGGCCAGGCUCCCGCUGUAGUCAGAGCUUGUCCUCCAGCGGCUCCGCCUCGGGCCCCUCCGGAGCCCGAUCGCUGGGCAGUGGUCACCCGCAAGGCAAGCCGUGGAAGUAGAGACCACGCCUGUCCGGGCCGAAUAAACGCCUCUCGCCUUUUGGAACCCCACCUCCCCGCCGUCCCCCAAGUCGGUCAUUUGUGGGAGCUGCCGCGGAGGGGGAGAGCCCUGCCUCACCACGGGCCCCCGCUGCCCGCCUCCCCAUUGCCUCCUGCUCCGCAUCCAGUGUGGGGAAGGAUCUUCACCAAAACCAGAGACGCGACAGGCUUGAGUGUCCGCCCCGUGUUUACAGCAUCUCCGAGGCGCUGAUGUGGAGCACCAAAAGGAUCGUAGUUGUAGGCUGGUGUCACUGUUUGUAAUAAGGAUCAGCUUGUCUGGGCCCCCGAGCCUGUGUUGUUUUAGAAACCCUUCACGCCCUCUGCCUUGCGCCCCCUCCCCCCCGCCCCCGGCCCUGUUCCACUCCUGUUCCCCGUCUUAGGAAGCUUCUCCGGGAAGGCCUCGCGCCCACCCACUCACACCCCCAAGAAGCCGUCCAGGGGCUGCAGGAGAGUCUCAGCCUCCCGCUCCCCCCGCCCCGGGCCCCCUGCCAGGUGGACGGAUGCCCUGUUCCCCCACACACUCUCUGUCAGGAAUUUGGAAGCCAGCAUGGCUUGGUUUUAAGAUGGAAAAAUGGUGCUCGGGCUUCCAGAAUGUUCCUUCUUGCUCUCCGGUUCCCAGAGCCAUUCCGGUGGCCUGGUGCCCUCCCCACCUUCCUACAGGAGACCUCACACCUCCCCCCCACCCCCAUCCCAGGGAAGCAUUUCCAUCCUGCAGGACCCCAGGAGCCCCGGGAGAGCCCCCCACCCCUCCCCACGCUCUCAUCUAAGGCCCAUUUAUCAGCCCUGGGGUUGGGUCCCCGGGAGAUGGGUAGAAAUGAAAUGGCCACUUGAAAACAUCGCCUUCAAUUGGACCAGGCAGGCGCCAACGGCUGCCACCGAGGUGAGGAUGACUCGGGGGUCCUUUGUCAGCGCUGACAACCCCUUAAGCCCUCGCUUUAAAAUACAGUAUUAGUCUAAUUGAGUAAUUAGUGCAAUUUCCUGCUUGCUUUUCAUUCUCGAGACUGAGCUGUGAUUAGGAGGCUGUGAUUAUAGAUUCUGGUUUGGGCCAGAAUUUUGAAAUCAGCAUUAAUUGAAUUGCUAGAUGACUGACAUUCAUUCCAUUUAAUUGGGGGAACAAAAGACCUCAGGUGAGGAUGAGGAACUCUGAAAUUAUCGGGGAAAAGGAAAAGAGCCUUGUUAAUUUUUAUGGUCUGUGAUCUGUAGCUGCGAUAAGGGACUAAGGAAUAAAUUGUGCUCUUUGUCAUGGCAACCCGCGUCUGAAAAGCCAACUGAAAAUUGCCUAUCCUUGGGUGGUGAGCGCGGCUGGUAAGAGCCGCCUGAGCAGGGCUAUUUUCUCACCGCCACCAAAAAAAUAGGAAAAAGAAAGAAAAGAAGGUCCCACAGUAUUUUCAUCGUGGGGGCGGGGGGAGGCCCGUGUGUGUGUGUGUGUGUGUGUGUGUGUGUGUGUGUGUGUGUGUGAGAGAGAGAGAGAGAGAGAGAGAGAGAGAGAGAAGUAAAGAUAAUAAAUAUUUCCUAGAGCCUUGUGGAAAAACCACGUUCGGACUCAGCCCGGUCCCGCUUGAGUCUGCUCAUUCUCCCCCGACUCCCAAAGUGCGACAUUUCCCGCAGCUCUAGAAAUCAAACAGACCGGGGACAUUGUUCGGAUGUCAAGCCGCGCCCAGUUUUCCACAAGAUUCAAGAAUCUCGUGCAAAAUUCAGCCAACGUACACAUAGCUUUAAUGAGCAGCCUUCACGUUUCCCAUAAAUUUAUUGCCUGAGAACUUAGCGCAGACCUUUGCUAAUGCCAAAUGCUCUGGCUUUUUAUUUUCUUUCCAGCGGAGGUUUGGGGUGGGGGGGUGAGGAAUGCAGAUUUUCCACAUUCGAUUUUUUUCCCCCUAGGAGGGACAAGAUUUUCAGCCAUUUCAGAUACGUGUACUUUUUUUGUUGUUUUUAAGAAGAAAGCAGUUUUUUUCUCUCUCUCUCUCUCUCUAGAAUAAACUCCAUUUUCUAGUUGACAAGAGUUUAGAUACCCCACACUCGAUUCCACUUUGAAAGUAAAUGGUUCUCCAUCUCCUCCUUCCUUUUCUGCUCUCCCGUCCAGCCCCGAAUGACACUAGCGUGUUGAAAAAGGAUUGUGUCCAUGUGGGCACUGGUCAUCACGCGCCUGUUGGCGUCCCUGUGUGUGUCCACAUGGGGCGUGGGCAGGGCCUGUUUCUACGCACUUCUCCAUAGUGGCAGUGCCCUUCGGGUGAGGAUUCUUAGUCUCUGUGCCCCAAAGUCCUGUGCAGUGUCGCACUCAGACCAUUUCUACCCUGCCACGCGCCUGGUGUCACUCCGACGGUUCUCACCACCAGUUUCUUCACGGGAUUCACUGAUGUGUGUUAUUUAAGUGAUGAGUGAUACUCUGUACAAUGAUGAGUGCUGAAGAUUAAAGUACCUAGUCACUCA